GCUCAGGUCCAUAAACAAACUGCGCAGACGCGUUAUGGACAGUCAGAUAGCGCACUAGGAGGAAAUUCACCCACCGCUUCUGAGACCAGCACAUUUUCUUUGGGAUAUACCGAUCGCAGAGCCUCUCGAAGAGCUUUUUUUUUUUUAUUUUUCCCGACGGGGCGAACAUGGCGACGCUGGGACCGGAGCCCCGUCCUCAUUCCCAGCUGCCCUCUGCCGCAAUACAGACGAACCUGAGCGGACUGGGCUCCAAUACGAACCUGCCUUUCAACCGGGGUUUGGAGAGAGCUCUGGAGGAUGCGGCGAACUCCGGAUUUCUGAAUCUCAGCACAAGAAAACUGAAAGAAUUCCCCCGGACAGCAGCUAAUUACGACCUAACGGAUACGGUGGAAGCAGAUCUGUCGAAGAAUCGCUUGAUGGACAUCCCGUCAGAGGUGUGUCAUCUGGUCUCUCUGGAAACGCUGAACCUCUAUCACAACUGCAUCAAAAGCAUUCCCGAUUCCAUCAUCAGCCUUCAGUCCCUGACCUGCUUAAACAUCAGCCGGAACCAGCUGUCGGUGCUGCCAGCGUGUGUGUGUGGUCUUCCUCUACGAGUGCUCAACGCCAGCAAUAACAAACUCAACGCACUUCCAGAAAGCAUUGGCCAGCUCACCAAUCUCAUGGAGCUGGAUGUAAGCUGUAAUGAAAUCACAGCUCUUCCACGCCACACUGGCCAACUCAAAGCUCUGAGGGAGCUCAACGUGCACCGAAACCUUCUCUGUGUCCUUCCAGAGGAUUUGGCAGAUUUACCCCUGGUCAAGUUUGAUUUCUCCUGUAAUAAGGUCUCUACUAUUCCUGUCUGUUAUCGAAAUAUGACCCAGCUCCAAUCACUACAGCUGGAGAACAAUCCACUUCAGAGUCCUCCUGCACAGAUAUGCAUGAAGGGCAAGAUUCAUAUAUUUAAAUACCUCGCCAUGGAGGCAUGUCGUAGUGACAAGAUGGUCGAUGCCCUGUACCUUCCUGUCACACACCGCCUCAGCUUGACACGACCCACGAAUGGGAGCACUGAGGACAUUGAUCAGCAGAAAAAACUUGACAGUGACUCUGGGGUGGGCAGUGACAACGGAGACAAACGCCUUUCCGCUACAGAGCCAUCAGAUGAAGACAGCCUCAGCUUGAAUGUGCCCAUGACCAACAUCACAGAGGAGGAGGGCUUGAGCAAAGAUGACUCCAGCGAACACAUCAGUGCUCUGACAGAAGACAGAAGUUCAUCGGAAUCUCUCAAGGAGCAUCUAAGCUAUCGAGACUCUACCCUCAGCUCACCGUUCGUCAACUAUAUCAAAGGUCGAGGGGUGGAUUUCCAUGAGCCCCUCAGGAUAGAGGAAGACAACAACUGGACUUCAGAACAAACGUCAAAGGUUAACAUGAUCAAUCAGUUAAAGGAAGCAGUGGAGAUGCUACAGGAUCCUAACAGGGUUAACAUGAACUCAACUGAUCUCUCUGGUAUUAAGCUCUAUCCUGUGGAAGUGGCUAGAGUAGAUGAGUCGCACAAUGGCCAAGAGAGUGACGAGGGUCAGGCGACACCUAAGGCGGCUCCUGGAGAAUGCUGGGAGUUCCAGAGGAAGAGACAGUACAUUCUAGAACGAGCCCGGCUCGAGGCCCAGCUCGCAUGUCAACAGUAUGCCCUGCACAUGGCACAACAGGGUGACGUGAUUGGCCAGGAAGGAUCAGGUGAUAGUUGUGAGAACCAAGUUACCAAGAGUGAAGACAAAAACCCAGUUUCCAGCCCCACACUGAGCUCCCCUCCUUUUGGUCUGAAGCCCAGAUCAGCUUCACCCUCUGUGCCGUGCUCGACUCCGCCCUGUCCCCUUCCCCUUACACAGGCCUCGCCCACUGGUAGAGACACGCCCCCUAGCCCAGCUGAAGGAGACAUGCCAAGCAGUGUGUUUUUCAGGACGCACAAGACUCUGGAAUCAGUGGAUCCUCAGUUCACCAUGAGGAGGAAGAUGGAGCAGCUCAGAGAGGAGCUGGAGCUCAUAGAGCAACUACGAGAGAGUAUUGAGAGCAGACUGAAAGUAGUUCUUCCUGAAGAUCUGGGCUCUUCUCUCAUGGAUGGGGUCGUGCUUUGUCACCUAGUCAAUCACAUUCGGGCGCGUUCAGUAGCCAGUAUCCAUGUCCCAUCCCCUGCAGUGCCCAAGCUUAGCAUGGCUAAAUGUCGCAGAAAUGUGGAAAGCUUUUUGGACGCCUGCAGGAAAAUGGGAGUCCCUGAGGAUAAGUUAUGUCUGCCACAUCAUAUUCUGGAGGAAAAGGGCCUAAUUAAAGUUGGCAUCACUGUCCAAGCUUUGCUGGAUGAAACUUCGGCCAGUGAGACACUCAUCACAUGAGUCUCACUGACACACACACACACACACACCGCCAGACGAUCUUCGAGAAAUUCCCUGGACCGUGUCCAUUUCUUUCUAAUAGAACAGGUGAUCCUCAGCUUUCAGGUAUAUGCUCAUGUUUUCCUCACUUUCUUUACUUUCUUAUUUAGUACUGUUAUCUGAUCACUGUUGCCCAGGCCAUAGUCGUAUAAGCAAAAUCAGCUCAAACUAGCUUGAGAUAAGAAAUUGCUUUAUUUAAAAUAUAUUUAUUUAUUAAACAGUUAGUUGAGCUAUAUUCAGAAUUGUGCACAAUUCCUGAUGGUUUUUAUAUAUACAUCUACCUAUAUGAUAUUUGUGUUGGGCCAUUAGUGAUCUAGAUUUAAAACACUCCUCCUCCCAGAGUCCUUCGAGUAUGUUUUUGGAACCAAUUUUGAACUUGUUUUUGGGAGACGCUGAUGUUUAGUCUCAGGGGAGGUGUGGCCUCACUAUAGUUUCUAACAGUCUCUUCUGUCAGUCAGGUAUGAUUUCACUAAAAGAGUAUGUUUUUGAGUUUGCGGACAGUAGAAAACACCGUACCUGACAUUAUUUUUUUUAUGUGUGAUUUAUAUUUUGAGGAGAGUAUUUGUUUUGUGAGAGUGAGAGAACGAGAGCACAUGUUGGCACUUUUUUUUAAUGUAAGUUUGUGUGUUAAAGGACUUGUUUGCAUAUUUGUCUGAUGUCCAAAGCUUCAGCUCCUCACAGAUUCAGCCAUGAAACGGACCAAAACAUCUGAAGCUGAUAUCUCACUCGAGAUUAUUUGACAGUUGCCAAAAUGAUUUACAAACAUAAUCAUUUUAUUGUUUUUUUAUUAUUAUUUUAAAUGUAUUUUUAAAACGAGUUUUGUUUUUGUAGAAGGAUUUGUUAUGUGAUAUUGGUGUGUGAACGUGUAAAAUGUACAGAGCAUUUAUAUUUGAUGUGCUUAUUUUAAUGUUAGAUUUGGUGUUUAUUUUACUUAAACCCAAAGCUCAAUUUAUUUUAUUAAUGUGAACGGACCGUGGAAAAACAACUUUAUUAUCUUCUAGGUUCUUAUAUGAAAGCAGUUAUAACACUUCCAUAUGGAAUUUCAAAGAGACUGUUGGCUGUAGUUAUUUAUUUAUUCAUGACAAUGCAUUCAGUACAAAUACAAAACAUUUACUAAAGAUUAUCUCUGUACUGUAAUUGCCAAACAAAAACACAUUAUCUGCUCUUAAAACUUAAUGCACAAUAUUAGGGACAAAAAUCAGCCCAGAAGCUUUAAACUGGUGCAUCAUGGGUUAAAAUUCUACAUAUUACUCUUCCUAGAUUUUUUUAUACCAUAAACCUAUCAUAAUUUGAUUAAAACAAAUGGAAACAAAAUGAAGGUGUGGAUUAGAAAAUUUAAUUUUAGAGGCAUUUGUACGGGAUAGCACUUAGAUUUUGGUCUUUGAUGGUAGCUUUACAUGGUAUUUAUGUUGCACUUUUUUUAAUUCAUGCAAUGUUUAGACAGUAGACACAUCCUAUAAAUUCACUGCUGUAUCUUUUAAGACUUUCUGUUCUUAGAGCAGUCCUUAAAGAUUAAAAACACUGAUUUGAGGUUUAUUGAUUAUAUUUAAGUACAGUAUCAUCUCUGCUACAGUGGGCAGGUUGUGCAUCAUUCCCCACCACUUUUUAGAAAAAGUAGUGACACUAGGCCUACUUCAUAGAAGUUUAAAUGCAGAUUUGAUUUUAAAAAAUGACAGUUUUUGCACUUUACGUAUUUGGGACUGUCUUUUUUGGCAACUGGCAAAUAAUAUUACGCAUGGUAUUCGUAUUACAGUAUUUGGAGAAAAUAUCAGCUGAUCAGAUCACUAGUGUGUUUGAUAAAUCACUUUAAAAUGGGAUACAAAUCUUUAACUGCUGAAUGUUAUGUGGCUAUUUUGUCUUCUUUGUAUAAGGAGAAAGGCUUGUACUAAACAGUUUUGUACUUUAAUUUUAUAAAAAGGAAUUAUUUUUCCAAUGUCUUUUCAGUGUUUGGGAUUUUUCCCCUUUGUAAUUCUGUGAACUUUAAUAAGAGCAUGUACAGUAAUGUUUUUGGGAAAAGCACGCAUGUCUUUCUACCUUUUGCCUUAACCUCUGUAAAUAAGGUUUAUUUGUACCAACUUCUGCCAGUAAAUACAUCCACCUCCAAA